AUGGGCCUCGCGCAAGCCGGUUACGGUCGCCGCCUGCAAGACGGAAGUCUCAAAAGCUCGUUCGUUGAAAUCGGUGAGACAUCACUAAAAAAAUCCAAACACAACUGCAGAGCCCAGCACCCCGACGUUUGGUUGUUCGGCGGCGUGGGCAGAACUACGGGCAAGUGGUUCGGGCGCCUUAGGUUCCACGACCGUAUGAAGCCAACUUUCUCUGCCAUGAUUGGGCAGCACAUCCAACCAGGUACUCUAAUCGUAUCAGACAAAUUUGGUUCAUACGUGUCGUCGGACGAAACACACACAUUGUCUAACAACCCAUUGCUGGCCGACAAGAACUAUGGUGAUCAUUGGGUGAACCAUUCGGAAAACUUCUUGGAUCCAGCGACCAGCGCACACCCAGACGAUCGAGGAUGUGUGGGAAGUUCACAUCAUUGGAUAUCGAGUUGGAUCAUUUGGAAGUUUCCUGAGGCAAAAAAGAGCGCCAAGUCGGUGACGGCACUCCGGCAGACGAAGCAACGAGACCAUGGAGCGAUUCAAGUGGCGCUGGAGUUUGGAUGUCACUACCACAUGAAGAAAGGACAUAUGAAGAAAGGGCAAGCAGGCAGCGGCGGCAACUCUCGCGGUGACGACGACAGAACAAUCCACUGA